AACAUUAUGUAUAUACAUAGAGUAUUUAUCACAAUACUUGUAUACAUUCACUGCUUAUAGUGGUCAAUUUGAUUCGAUUUUUAAUUUUUUAAAAUCUAAUCAAUUUUUAAACUCUGUAUUAGUUUAUCUGAAUAGCAAAUUAUCUUAUUUGUACACAGCACAUUGUAAUUUAAAAUAUGUAGAUUCAUUUGUAAUUUGUGUCAUUGAAUUUAUUUUCCUUAAAAAAAUUAGCUUAUUAUCAUACAAGAUUAACCUAGGUAAUUUUCUGUAAAUCAGACACUUAAUGUUUGAUUUGAAAAUCCCAAACUUGACUAUGUAGAAGACUAAAUUAAUCAUACUGAGGCCAAUUAAUGCCAUCAGUAUGUUUAUGCCAAAGAUUUAUUUACACAUAUCCUUACUUCAUAUUAAGAAAACAAAAUGCUCCUAACAUGCUGGUCCUAACAUAUCUAUUACAUCUUCAUUAGCAAUAACAAAAUGGCAAAUUAAUGUUUUUUCUUUACCUUUUUGUUUUAUUAUUUCUAUUUGAUCCCAGGGGGUCUUUCUUUACAGUAUUGUUUAUUUUACGUCUUCGCACAUUUUUCCCCAUCAUAAAAUACAGUUCACCAAAAUCCAUCUCAACCACUCCACAGACCAAUAGUACGGUGCCCGUAAAAGGCCUUGUUCGGUUUACUUAGUUUUGUCGUGGCCACAAGAUAUUAACUCGUGGGAACAUGAUAUUAUGUCGUGGGCACAAGAUAUUAACUCGUGGGAACGUGAUAUUAUGUUGUGGCCACAAGAUAUUAACUCGUGGGAACAUGAUAUUAUGUCGUGGCCACGAGAUAAUUUUGUCGAGGUAACGACAUCCUUAUGUCGUGGCCUCGAGAUGUUAUGUUGAGGGAACAACAUAUUUUUCUCGUGGCCACGACUUCUUAUGAUGAGGGAACGACAUCCGGUUCUCGUGGCCACGAGGUUUGUGUUGAAGUAACAACUUUUUGACCGACACCCUAUAGUAACCACUGCAGCUGAGAUGAGAUGUAAAGAUGGAGAUGACUGAUGAAAUAACGUUUUACUUUGAAUUAGGAAUGUCAUAUAAAGACAUAGUGCGGUCUCUUGAUUUAAAACACGGGUACAUUAUAAGUGAAAGGCAAGUAAAGCGCAUUCUUAAGUUUAACGGGCUUUGCCGUCGGAAAUUUGCUGACUUGAAUCAAGUUCUCAAAUUCAUCAUUAACCAGCUGAACGGUCCUGGACGCCUCCAUGGAUACCGCUGGAUGCAUAAAAAAUGCCUCAAAAAUGGUAUACAUGCACGAAAAGAAGAUGUUCGAAUAAUUUUGAAAGAGCUGGAUCCAGAAAGUUUAUUACUUCGUCGCCGACGCCAACUUCAUUAUCGGCAGUAUUUUUCUCAAGGUCCCAAUUAUAUUUGGCAUGUAGAUUCAUAUGAUAAACUAUCACAAUAUGGAAUCUGUAUCAACGGUUGCAUAGAUGGAUAUUCUCGUCGAAUCAUCUGGCUAAAGGCAGCACAUACAAACAGCAACCCUCAAGUCAUUGCCAGUUACUUCGUGGAGAGUGUACUGCAAACUGGAGGAUGUCCACGAAUUGUGAGAUGCGACCUGGGAACAGAGAAUGUGAUCAUGCGUGACAUACAGAUGUUCUUCAGACGAAAUGAUGGUGAUGAGCGAGCAGGGCCCCGCAGCUGCAUCACUGGCGUCAGUUCAGCAAACCAAAGAAUCGAAAGUUGGUGGGGACUGAUGCGCAAAGAAGGGAUUGAAUUCUGGAUACAGUUUUUUGGAGAGCUGAAAGACGAGAGACUGUUUUCUGGAGCUUUUCUGGAUAAAGCUUUGUUGCAGCUGUGUUUUCGAAAUAUUAUUCAGGAGGAAUUGAAUGAGAUUGCUGCUGUUUGGAAUGCCCACCGGAUUCGACCUUCAGCAAACUGCAGUGUUCCUUGCGGGAUCCCAAAUAUCAUGUUCAUGGCACCUCAACUAUGGGGAACAGAAGACUUUAUUGUAGAGCAGGACAGUGAUGAUCUACAAACAGCUCAAGAGGCAGCAGUGCCUUGUGAUGAAGAAGUAUUUGAUCUAUGUACAAUCGUCAUGGAGGAGCAGCAGUUAAGCUUCACCAAAGACAGACUCGAAGCAUUAGAGCUAUAUCUUGAACUCAGGGAUGCAGUCCGAUCCCAAAUAACAGAAUAACAGCCUUAAAUUGGUUGGACAAUCAUGGUAUUGAAAUUUGCAAGUGUCUAACAGUUUUGAAAUGAUCCAUUAUCUUCCACUUUCCUCAGUGGCUUUAUCACAAAAUAAAUGUAAAUGCUUAUGCAAACUGUAAUUGCUCAUGUAGUUAUACAUGUAAACAGUUUUAACUUUCUACAGUGGUAGACAUGAUGGACUGAGCGUCAAAGUUUUCCUAAGCAGAACAAGACUGACUGUGAGCACCCUGAAUAUAUUUAAAAUGAACUGUAACUCCGUGAAUACUCAACGAAGAGAUAUGAGAGAGAUAUCUAUAGAAAGCCUGAAAUGUCUACUUUUAAACUAAACAGGUGCCGA